CUGUUACAGAAUAAUAUAAAAUUCAAAUUAGCGAAAAGUUUAUUUUCUUUUAUAGAUACGGACGACGGUCCUCCAAGAAAAAGGGCCAAGACCCCACCGAGCAUUUCGUGUGCCUCUUCAGUUCAAAGUUUGUACAGCGAAAGCUUUGAUUUCACACCGGGUACGUUGGAAAUGCAAGGAUCGAAAAUCACAAAGACCCAGUAUGGAUACAGAACCUUGCAUGACACAUCUGCCAAGAUGUCUCUGAAAGUGACCGGAUAUCCUCUGCCUGUGAUAACAUGGUUCAAAGACGGUCAGCUGCUUGAAGAAGAUGAACGGCACAAAUUUUAUUCUGACGAGGACGGAUUCUUUGCGAUGACCAUCGAUCCGGUCCUAGAAAGCGACACUGGACGUUACACCUGUGUUGCGACCAAUGAGUACGGACAAGCGACCACUUCGGCGUUUUUCAGGGUUGUGAGAGCCGAACGCGAUCCGGAGCCACCACGCUUUCUGACUAAGUUGCAGGAUCUCGAGGUCAAAGAAGGUGAAUCGAUAAGCGUUCAUUGCGAAGUGGAAGGAUGGCCAGAGCCUAAUAUUGAGAUUUACUUUGGUGGACAGUUGAUUCUUCCGUCACAUGACCUUAACGUCGAAUACGACGGCAGGAACGUAACGCUGACCAUUAAAAACGUACAGAUGCAAGACGCAGGAGAAUAUGUCAUCAAGCUUAAGAACUCCUCAGGAGAGGUGGAACAUGCGGUGAGGAUCAAUAUUGAGGAGAAUCCUGAUUUGCGGAAAUCUGAGCCCAAAUUUCAAUUGGUCAUCGAAAACGCGACUGUUACCGAAGAGGACGAUGUCAGGUUCAAAGUUAUUUGUACGGGCGAUCCGGAGCCGGAUGUGUCCUGGUUUUCAAAUGGCACGUUGCUGACGAACUCAGAAAAGGUUAACAUUCAUGGAGAAGAUGGAAUCUAUUACUUGGACAUUAAAAACGUCUCUUCUCACUUUGACGGCGAGAUCAGCUGUGCCGCAAUCAACAGAAUCGGCGAAUGUCGCUGCACAGCACAUCUUCAAGUUGUGAAACAGAACUGCGCACCAACCUUCGAAUUGGAAGUGUGCGACCAAGCUGUGGCCGUGGGGGACACAGCCAAGUUUCAGGUAUACAUCGAUGCAAAACCGGAGCCUGCUGUCACGUGGACUUUAAACGGAAAACCUGCCAACGAUGUACCGGACGUGGAGAUUUCGUCCAAAGUUGCCGCCGGAUGCUAUACGUUGGAAAUUCAUAACGCCUCCGUCGAACAGAGUGGCGAGAUUGUAUGUACAGCAAGCAAUGAACUGGGAGAGGCUGCCUCAAGUGGCCGACUCCUGGUCAGACCUGGCCGUAUGGCCCCCUUGUUCAAAGAAAAACUGCACGACACUUGUGUCAGCCUUGGAGAUGCCGUUUCGUUGCAGGUCGUGAUUGAGGCCUUGCCUCUGGCGCACGUAGAAUGGUCGGUGAACGGAAAGUACGUGAAAGACGAAGAUGUAUCAAGGUUCCGAAAAAUAACUAGGGAGAAUGGCGUCUAUGUCUUGGAAAUACUGAAAGUGGAGGAAGACACAUCGGGCAAUGUCACUUGCACCGCUGAAAACAGUCUUGGUCACUCGUCUUGCGAAUGUCUUUUGUCACUCAAAGAAGAGGUAGAAUUUUUCAAAACCAAACUGCCUGAACAAUCCCAAAUGACUGAAGGAAGUAAAGCGAUUUUUACUGUAAGCUUUGCCGCUGAACAAGUGCUGAGGCCAGGAAAGUGGCGAAUAAAUGGCAAACUGCUAAAACCGUCGAAAAGCGUGAAAAUUACCGACAGCGAAUGCACCUCUACGCUUGAAAUUUAUCCUAUAUCCUCCAUGUUCAACGGAGAUGUGAGUUAUGAGUGCGAAACUGAAAGUGGAUUAUCAAAGACGUCGACUGAGGUCAAAGUACUGGAACCAGCAGAGCCAACAUUUUCUUCGCCUCUGCCACUGUCGACAUAUGGACAUCUGGGCGAAUCACUCGUUUUGGAAACUGUAGCUUCGGUUUCUUUGUCAAAUGAAGUUCACUGGUUCUUGAACGAGAAAGAAAUAAUCGAUUCAGGUGCAUUCCGAAUGUUUAGCGAUGGGAAGGGAAAGUAUUCGCUGGAAAUCAAGAGCUUCAAGAAGGAAUUCUGCGGCGAGAUUUCUUGUAUGGUUAAGAAUGCUGUUGGGAAAGUGUCAUGCAAGACUUUAGUGUCACUUCCAAAGGAAGAGGUUAUGCCUGAGAUUGCUUUGCCGUUGCAAAGCAUUGAGGUUCUGGAGGGAGAAACCGCGAAGCUAGAAGUCAAUAUCAAUGAGGCCGCAGAAUGCGAAGCACAAUGGAAAAUCAACGGUGUUAAGUGCGAAGCAAUGCCUGAAUGCAAAACGAAGGAAAACGAGCGAGGAUCUUACUCACUAGAAAUCUCUCCAGUGUCUGAGAAGCAUAACGGCACCGUUGAGGUGACACUGUUUAACAAAGCAGGAAGAGUAUCGUCGAAUUGUUCACUGACGGUCAAGCCAAAGACGCCUCCAAGGAAACCUGAGUUUCUGACGUCACUCAGCUCAGUGAGCCUGUUUGAAGGAGAUAGCCUCAAAUUCAAGUUGAAAAUAGUCGGCCAACCUAAACCGGAAGUAAAGUGGUACAUAAACAACCGAUUAAUCGUAUCAGCUGAGGACGUUACUUUGACCUACGACAGCGAAGAGUGUGGCAUGGACAUAGCCGACGUGUGCACUGAAAUGAACGGAUGUAUCAAGUGCGUUGCCACGAAUUCGGCAGGCACAGCCGAGACCUCAGCCAUGAUAACUGUUAACCGUCAGAUUCCGGUAGAGUUUAUUCAAGGACUGGAAGAUGCGGUAUGCAGAGAAGGGGACACACUGAAACUGACAGCUGUGCUAAUCGGUGCUCCGACUCCAGAUGUCACGUGGUACAUCAAUGGCAGACAGUUGACUGAGUCUAAGAACGUCCAGAUCAAGAAGGAGCAGACCACGUACACGGCCGUAGUUCAGGACAUUACAUUGGACUAUUCGGGCGAGAUUAUUUGCAUAGCCAAGAACGAGUAUGGCGAAGCCCGAUCCUCUUCGAAACUGACGGUUACGCCUAAGGGCAUACCUCCGGAUUUCAUUGAGUGGAUAAACAACCUCGCGGCAAUGGAAGGCGAUUGCGUAACCCAGAAGGUGAAGUUCACGGGCGAUCCGUGCCCGACCAUCGUCUGGUACUUGAACGGCGAAAUAAUCGGAAAUAGUGACAACUUCAGCAUUGCAACCGACGAGAGUACUUCUACACUAAUCAUCAAGCGUUUCAACUCUAAAUGUGUUGGAGAAUUGGUGUGCAAAGCCGAAAACGAAGCUGGCGAAGUUUCUUGCACGGCUAACAUGCAGUUAGGAUCAAAGUAA